AUGGAGUGGUUUAUUUCUCUGUUUGCGGCAGCAGCACUGAUUGCUGUAGUAUUUUUGUCGGCCUGUGUCUCUGUCUACCUGUUACAGCCAUCUCUUAUUGUCGAGCUGAUGCAAAGGUGGAGUAUGUUCUGGGCGGGAUUCUCCAACAACACUAUCAGAAUUGGAGACUUUGAGUUCUCUUAUAUUGAAAGAGGAAGGGAGAAAACAACCCAGUCAACAAUAGUACUCAUCCAUGGUUUUAGCUCUAGCAAGGAUGUGUGGUGUCAAAUGUCACAUGGCUUGCCCAGGUCAUACCAUCUUAUUGCACUAGACUUGCCUGGACAUGGUAAAACCACCAGGAAGCACCAUGAUAAUUUCAGUAUCCCUUCACAAGUGAGCAAGCUACAUCAGUUUCUCCAUGCUGUUGGCGUCAAUAAGAGGAAGUUUCAUCUUGCCGGGAUAUCAAUGGGUGGUCAUAUUGUAGGUGUUUAUGCUGCACAGCACCCUGCAAGGGUUGCAUCCGUUAUCAUGAUGUGUCCAGCAGGUAUCCAGGCCCCUGAGCACAGUGAGUUCAUCACAGAUGUUGUCCUCAAUGGGGAGAAGAACUACCUAAUCCCAGACACACCAGAGGAUUUCCAGAAAAUGCUGAACAAAGUUCUUCACAGGGAGGUCACCAUUCCAUAUUUUAUUGCCAAGCUGUUUGCUGAUGUUAGGAGACCUUGUAAGGACUUUUAUCAGAAAGGUGCGAACAAGCAUUUAUGUAUGUAA